AUGGCCACAGCCUCCUCUUCCUCUUCCUCCUUGCUCUUACCGUCCGUAUCUCUCAACAAUAUCUCCAGCUCCAGAAAUGCUUCCUCCCUCGGAGUCUCCGUCAAGCGAUCUAGGGUUUCAAUGAGCCUCUCCACUGAAUCUCAGAGUGCAAUCAACGACUCUUUGUUCGCUCAUUACAAACCCUCCUCUGCUUUUCUCUUUCCCGGUCAGGGAGCUCAAGCAAUAGGGAUGGGCAAAGAGGCUCAGAGUGUUGCAUCAGCUGGAGAAUUGUAUAAGAAAGCUAACCAUAUCUUGGGGUAUGAUCUUCUUGACAUUUGUGUUAAUGGACCAAAAGAGAAGCUUGAUUCCACUGUCAUUAGCCAGCCUGCUAUUUAUGUCACAAGUCUAGCAGCAGUUGAGUUACUUCGAGUUCGUGAAGGCGGCGAACAAAUAAUUAACUCGGUUGAUGUGACUUGUGGUCUUAGCUUAGGAGAGUACACUGCUCUCGCUUUUGCUGGAGCCUUCAGCUUUGAGGAUGGGCUAAAGCUUGUAAGACUUAGAGGGGAAGCCAUGCAGGCUGCUGCAGAUGCUGCUAAGAGUGCAAUGGUUAGUAUCAUAGGAUUGGACUCUGAAAAAGUUCAGCAGUUGUGUGAUGCAGCAAAUCAAGAAGUAGAAGAAGCUGACAAAGUUCAGAUCGCAAAUUACUUAUGUCCGGGUAAUUACGCUGUAUCUGGAGGUCUUAAAGGAAUUGAAGUUGUUGAAGCCAAAGCCAAGUCAUUCAAGGCCAGAAUGACGGUUCGUCUAGCUGUUGCAGGUGCUUUCCACACAAGUUUCAUGGAACCAGCAGUGUCGAGAUUAGAAGCUUCAUUGGCAGCAACGGAGAUCAGAAGUCCCAGGAUCCCAGUGAUCUCCAAUGUCGAUGCACAGCCUCAUGCUGAUCCAGACACGAUCAAGAAGAUACUUGCACGCCAGGUGACAUCUCCAGUGCAAUGGGAGACAACAGUUAAGACACUCUUAUCCAAAGGACUUAAAACCAGCUAUGAAUUGGGACCUGGAAAGGUGAUUGCAGGGAUAUUCAAGAGAGUAGAUAAAAGCGCCAGUGUUGAAAACAUUAGUGCUUGA